AUGAGGUUGAUGCUGCUCUGUUGCACCUGGAAGGACGAACGUAUGGGAGAAGACGAAGCAGGAGGAAGCUUGCCUGUGUGUGCAGGAUGCAGACAUCGCAUCUAUGAUGAGCAGUACUUGCAAGCCCUUAACACUGAUUGGCACACCAUGUGUUUCAGAUGCUGUGAAUGCAGCGCUUCCCUGUCGCACUGGUACUAUGAGAGGGAUGGGCGACUUUUCUGUAAGAAAGACUACUGGGCCAAGUUUGGGGAGCUGUGCCAUGGCUGUUCAGAACCUAUCACCACCGGCCUCAUUAUGGUCGCAGGAGAACAGAAGUAUCACCCAGAGUGCUUCACCUGCCUGAACUGUCGAGCCUUCAUCGGAGAUGGGGACACGUAUGCUCUGGUGGAAAGGUCGAAGCUCUACUGUGGCCAUUGCUAUUACCAAACCAUCGUGACCCCUGUGAAUUUACCGGAUUCACCGAGUUCCAGGAUCCCUCACACGGUUACGCUGGUAUCAAUCCCAGCCUCCACCGAUGGCAAACGUGGUUUCUCUGUUUCCAUCGACCAAGGCACCAGCCCCAACGGCUAUGGACAUGAGCAUAACCACACGGUUAGAGUGUCAGAAGUGGACUCGGAAUGUAUCAGUCCCGACGUAAAGAACUCUAUACACGUUGGUGACCGCAUCCUGGAGAUCAAUGGAACCCCCAUCCGGAAUGUUCCUCUUGAUGAGAUCGACCUUCUCAUCCAGGAGACCAGUCGUCUCCUGCAGCUGACCAUCGAACAUGAUCCUCAUGACCAGGGCGGAUCAGAGGAGGAUCAGGUGGACGGCCCCAGCCCUCUGUCCGAAUGCCCCAGUCCCCUGAGUCCCAUCACACAGCCCCCCAAUCAGGAUGUCAACAGUCUCCGCUCACGCAUGAUCACACGGAGCUACAGUAUUGACAAAUCGCCAUGCUCCAGCAAUGCCGCAUCACCGCUAUCACUGAGGAAAGACAUCGGCCGUUCUGAGUCUCUCCGAGUGGUGUCCAACCGCACCCACCGAAUCUUCAGACCCUCGGACCUCAUCCACGGAGAGGUUCUGGGGAAGGGCUGCUUUGGCCAGGCAAUCAAGGUGACGCACAGGGAGACGGGCGAGGUGAUGGUGAUGAAGGAACUCAUUCGCUUUGAUGACGAAACUCAAAGGACGUUCCUUAAGGAGGUUAAAGUGAUGCGUUGUCUAGACCACCCAAAUGUGCUCAAGUUCAUCGGGGUCCUCUACAAGGACAAGAGGCUUAACUUCAUUGCAGAGUACAUCAAAGGAGGCACCCUGAGAGAUAUCAUCAAGAAAAUGGACAGCAACUAUCCCUGGAACCAGAGAGUGAGUUUUGCCAAGGACAUUGCCUCUGGGAUGGCCUAUCUGCAUUCCAUGAACAUCAUCCACCGCGAUCUGAAUUCACACAACUGUCUUGUCAGAGAGAACAACAGCGUUGUGGUGGCUGAUUUUGGCCUCGCUCGCCUCAUGGUAGAAGACAAGAACCAGGAUAAAAUGUCCUCAGGGAACAUCCAAGGGAUGAAGAAGCCUGACAGGAGAAAGAGGUACACCGUUGUCGGUAACCCUUACUGGAUGGCUCCAGAGAUGAUCAACGGUAAGAGCUACGAUGAGAGAGUGGACAUCUUCUCUUUCGGGAUCAUGCUAUGUGAGAUUAUUGGGCGAGUGAAUGCAGAUCCGGAUUACUUGCCUCGGGCCAUGGAUUUUGGGCUAAACGUGAAGGGAUUCUUGGAACACUACUGCCCUUCCGAUUGCCCUCCAGCUUUUUUCCCCAUGGCUGCACUGUGCUGUGAUCUGGAUGCAGAGAAACGUCCUGCCUUUGCUAAGCUGGAGGAGUGGCUGGAGAAUCUCAAAAUGCACCUAGAGAUCAAGCUCCCGAUAGUCUCUGAGCUGGAGCAAGUCAACCGUGCAUUCUGGGAGAAGCAUUCCGCAUCUGAGAAUGGAUUGCAUACACACCCAGAGCAGCCAGAAUAG